UAAACAACAGGAGUUGGCAGACAUAAGCAGAAAGACAGUAGGUUUGGGUCACUUGGUCAUCUUCAACGGACUUCAGAGCCUCGUACCAGCUUGGUCACUCUGCUGUCCUGCCAACCCCUAUGUUGUUAUACUCAUGCGGAAUCUGUUUUGUCAUAUCUUGGGGAGACCCUAUUUCUUAGGGACGCGGCUGAUCUCCAGAUAUGACCAUGUAUUUGUGGCUGAAACUUCUGGCCUUUGGCUUUGCCCUUCUGGACACAGAAGUCUUUGUCACAGGGCAAGGAACACCUACACCCAGCAAUGGACUGAACACAACAGAGAAGGCCCUUCCUCUGCCUCAAAGUGACCCCUUACCUGCUCGCACCACCAAAUCCACACCCCCAAGCAUCUCUGAAAGAGGAAAUGGCUCCUCAGAGACCACAUAUCAUCCAGGUUUUAUAUCCACGCUGCUGCCUCACCUCUCCCCACAGCCCGACUCGCAGACGCCCUCUGUCAGAGGAGCUGACACUCAGACACUCAGCAGCCAAGCUGACCUCACCACACUCACGCCUGCUCCCAACGGGACUGACCCACCAGGUGUGCCAGGAGAGAGGACUGUACCAGGGACCUAUCCUGCAGAAACCCUCAGCCUUGCACGCAACAGCUCUGCUGCCUUACCUACACACACCUCCAAUAUCAGCACCACAGAUAUCGCCAAAGGUCCCAGCCUCACAAACCUUACAAAAGCCACUCCAAGCCCUCCAAGCACUGACCCUCCAAGCACAACAAUAGCUACCACAACGAAGCCAACAUGUGACGAAAUAUUUGGGACCAUUACUGUGGAAUACGAAUAUGAAUACAGUAGUCACACUUUUGUGGCAAAAACAAAAAGUGACAAAAAUGCUACAUGUACAAGAGUGGAUUGUGAAAAAGAGUUUAAAAAUCUACCAGAGUGCUCACAGAAAACCGUCAGUCUGUCUGAUGGCUCAUGUGCUCCAAAUAAAACUAUAAAUUUAGAUGUACCACCAGGGAUUGACAAGUUUAUGCUACAUGACUGCACACCAAAAGAAGAAGCUAAUACUUCAAUUUGUUUGGAAUGGAAAAGAGGAAACUUUCUUUGUGACAGUGAAAAAAUUUCUUACCAAUUCCACUGUGAGACAGACAAUCCAAAAGAAAAUAGAAGUUUUGGUCCAUCCAAAUCUGAAAGAUGUUGGUUCCACAACCUUCCUGUCCAAACAAAUUACAAAUGUACUGCAGAAAUCCUCUACAACAACGUAAAAUUUUACAAUAAUAAAACAAGUGUGCAGACCGAUUUUGGGAUUCCAGAAAAGCCUACAUCCCUUAGGUGUGGGAAUUCAACUGAGAAUACAACAUUAGUCUCUUGGCAUAAGCCUGCAUCUAAAUUCCAUGGAUAUUUUUUAUGCUGUAACAGUCAUUCAGACAAAUGUGAAAAUUUGACUAAUCAUCGGAACAGUUUUAAGGUGGAAGACCUGAAACCUUAUACAAAAUAUGAAGUGUCACUAUUUGCCUAUGUCAAUGGGAAGGUGCAGAGAAAUGGGACUGCUGAGAAAUGCAGCUUUGAGACAAAACCAGCUCGUCCAAGCAGGGUCACUGGAAUGAAAACCUCCCGGACAACAGAAAAUAGUAUAAUUGUCACAUGUGAUCGUCCUCGUGAAAUUAAUGGCCCUAAAGAGUAUUAUAUUUUGGAAGUCAAAAGUGGAGGGUCUUUGGUUAAAAAUGACAAUCAAUCAACAUGUAAAUUCGAUGUAGAGAAUCUCUACUAUUCAACUGUCUAUGAGUUUCUGGUCUAUUUUCACAAUGGAGUAUACCAGGGAGAUCCAGUUAAGAAAAAUCAUUCAACAUCUUAUAAUGCUAAGGCACUGAUUAUAUUCCUGGUGUUUCUGAUUAUUGUGACAUCAAUAGCCCUGCUUGUUGUUUUGUAUAAAAUCUAUGAGCUGCGCAAGAAAAGAUCCAGCAAUUUAGAUGAGCAACAGGAGCUCGUUGAAAGGGAUGAUGAAAAGCAGCUGAUAGACGUGGAGCCAAUUCAUUCGGACAGUUUGUUGGAAACAUACAAAAGAAAGAUUGCUGAUGAGGGCAGACUGUUCCUGGCUGAAUUUCAGAGCAUUCCACGGGUAUUCAGCAAGUUUCCCAUCAAAGAUGCCCGAAAGCCCCAUAAUCAGAAUAAAAACCGUUAUGUUGACAUUCUUCCCUAUGAUUAUAACCGUGUGGAACUCUCUGAAAUAAAUGGAGAUGCAGGGUCCACCUACAUAAAUGCCAGCUACAUUGACGGAUUCAAGGAACCCAGGAAAUACAUUGCUGCACAAGGGCCCCGGGAUGAGACAGUUGAUGACUUCUGGAGAAUGAUCUGGGAGCAAAAGGUCACAGUUAUUGUCAUGGUCACACGAUGUGAAGAAGGAAACAGGAACAAGUGUGCAGAAUACUGGCCAUGCAUGGAGGAAGGCACUCGGGCUUUCAGAGAUAUUGUUGUGACAGUCAAUGACCACAAACGAUGUCCUGAUUACAUCAUUCAGAAGCUGAACAUAGCACAUAAAAAAGAAAAAGCAACCGGAAGAGAAGUGACUCAUAUUCAAUUCACCAGCUGGCCAGACCAUGGGGUUCCUGAAGACCCUCACCUGCUCCUCAAACUUCGAAGGAGAGUUAAUGCUUUUAGCAACUUCUUCAGUGGUCCCAUUGUGGUGCACUGCAGUGCUGGUGUCGGGCGUACAGGCACAUACAUUGGAAUUGAUGCCAUGCUGGAAGGCCUGGAAGCAGAGGGCAAAGUGAAUGUCUAUGAUUAUGUUGUCAAGCUAAGGCGACAGAGGUGUCUGAUGGUGCAAGUGGAGGCACAGUACAUCCUGAUCCAUCAGGCUUUAGUGGAAUAUAAUCAGUUUGGGGAAACAGAAGUGAGCUUGUCUGAGUUACAUUCAUGCCUACAGAACAUGAAGAAGAGAGACCCGCCCAGUGACCCCUCCCCUCUAGAGGUUGAAUACCAGAGACUUCCUUCAUACAGGAGUUGGAGGACGCAGCACAUUGGAAAUCAAGAAGAAAAUAAGAAGAAAAACAGGAAUUCUAAUGUUGUUCCAUAUGACUUUAACAGAGUGCCACUUAAACAUGAACUGGAGAUGAGCAAAGAGAGCGAACCUGAAUCAGAUGAGUCUUCAGAUGACGACAGUGACUCGGAAGAAACCAGCAAAUACAUUAACGCAUCAUUUGUGAUGAGUUACUGGAAACCAGAAAUGAUGAUUGCUGCUCAGGGGCCACUAAAAGAAACUAUCGGUGACUUUUGGCAGAUGAUAUUCCAAAGAAAAGUCAAAGUUAUUGUGAUGUUGACAGAGUUAAUGAAUGGAGACCAGGAAGUCUGUGCUCAAUAUUGGGGAGAAGGAAAGCAGACUUAUGGAGACAUGGAAGUGGAAUUGAAAGAUACAAAUAGAUCCUCAGCCUACACUCUCCGAGCAUUUGAGCUGAGACAUUCCAAGAGGAAGGAGCCCAGAACUGUGUACCAGUACCAGUGUACCACAUGGAAAGGGGAGGAGCUCCCUGCAGAACCCAAAGAACUGGUGUCUAUGAUUCAGGACCUCAAACAGAAGCUUCCCAAGUCUUACUCAGAGGGGAUGAAGUACCGCAAGCAUGCAUCAGUUCUCGUCCACUGCAGAGAUGGAUCCCAGCAGACAGGGUUGUUCUGUGCCUUGUUCAAUCUCUUGGAAAGUGCAGAAACAGAAGAUGUGGUCGAUGUUUUUCAAGUGGUAAAGUCUCUACGAAAAGCACGGCCGGGGGUGGUGUGCAGCUAUGAGCAAUACCAGUUCCUCUACGACAUCAUUGCUAGCAUCUAUCCUGCCCAGAACGGACAAGUGAAGAAAACAAGCAGCCAAGACAAAAUUGAAUUUCAUAACGAAGUGGAUGGAGCCAAGCAGGAUGCUAACUGUGUCCAUCCGGCUGGUCCUCUGAACAACGCCCAGGAAGAAAACAGAGAGGUUGGAGCUUCAGAGCCUACCAAUGGCACUGAGGAGCCAGGACAUUCUGCCAAUGGUCCUGCGAGCGCAGCUCUAACCCAGAGUUCAUAGGAAAGUAGUCACAUGGGACAAUGCAAAAUCUCAGAUUAGUUGUUUCUAUUUUUCUAGACCCAAUGACAGAAAAUGGCUGUGCAGUGGUUCAUGGAAUCUGUGUUCACCUUUGCCACUGUAUGAAAAUAUUUAAGUUUGCCAAAACAUUGUGUACAGUUUUAUGCUUAUUUUAAAAAAUGUAUCUAUAUCAUUCAUCAAGGAUGGGUAUGUGAGAGAAUGGGUAUGUUCAUGUGUGAGUGACUGUGUGCAUGUUUGUCUCUCUCUCUGUGUGUGUGUGUGUGUGUGUGUGUGUGUGUGUGAGAGAGAGAGAGAGAGAGAGAGAGAGAGAGAUCUAAAUGUGAUUAAGGAGUACUUUCAAGCCAUUCCGAUUGUUUUUGUGAGAAACAGUGCCUUUUUCUCCUUCUGAAGAAACUAUACAUUUUAUAUCUAAACUCUUAAUUUGUUUGAAGGAUUCAUUUUUUAAAAGCCCAUUAAGUGUGUGUGGAUUUGGUUGUAAGAAUAACAAUGUGUAACUUUCUAGAAUGACCUCAAGAUGUCCUCCUUGUCCUACUGAUGAUCUUGUAGUUUUUAAGAUGCUAUUUCUGGAGAUAGAUUAAAGUAUGGAAAGAGUGCUGGGAGUAUGUUUAACUACUCCAGGGAAGUGAACUAAAUUAGCAUGUGAGGUUUAUAUUCCACAUACUGUCAUUUGAUCACUAUCUCUUAAUGCAUAUUUAAUCAAACAUAAAAAUCGCAACAGAGCCUAUUUUUGUAUCCAUGUGGGAAAGAGAGCUUCGCAAGUCCGUUGUUGUCUACACAAUAGAUAAAAAUUACUACCUAAUGCUCUUGAUCAUAUUGAUAUAUGUUAAUGAACCUAAGGAACUGUCCUUAACCAAAUAUAAUGUAUGUUAAAAACCCAUAGAAUGAAAACAGGGGCAUGAAAAAAUUGCUUGUACUGAAUAUUUACAUAGGUGACCUCAUAUAGUUCUGCUAUGGAAUUCAGCAUCCAUAAGAGACAAAGCAUUGAAUAUGCCUACUUCCUGUGUUUAAGACCACAGUUGACUUUCAUUAAUUUGCAUUUAUCUUGAAUUUCUUAACUGUUUAGUUUACUCUUACCGAGUCAUAAUAUUGAUAACCAUAAUAAACUUUCAAUUAUUA